CAGUACCCCUUCGUCCCUCGAUUAUAUGAAAUCCCAUAAGAAAUCAUAUCCUCUUGAAAUUCACUAUACAGCAAAACCAUAUCAGCUAUAUAAGUAACGUGUGUUUAUGAAUAAAUUGGUAUUACCACCCGAUACACAUGUAACUUUCACGUGCAAUUGUAUAGCGUGUAUGUCAAGACUAUAUGCAGACACACUAUAUGCUCACACCCACUAAGUCCCGUUCACAUGAAAAUAAACGUCUUCUCGAGAGCGCACGCGCCCCACCACACGGAAUCUACAUAACCGCGCUAUACGCGCUAUACCUAGGCGCCGCGAUAUCCACGCAUUCCGUGUCUACUUCGUUUCACGAACGAAGCCGCGUCCGCGAGGUGCAGGUUGGUCCGUGGAAGUUUCUGGGAAAUCGUUAACGGGAUAGAGAGAGAGAGAGAGAGAGAAGUCAUAUGUAUACAGAUUGAAGGGACGUAAAGAGGGGCUAGAGGGAAAUUUGCAAAAAUUUGUCACUUGGCAAAAUUUUCAUAUUAUUCCCGGAAAGUGAUCGUUUGUCUUCGGGAGCGAAUCGGCUUGAUUUUUUGAGAAUCUGUUACGGGUAUUGGUACUACCGUUACUUCGUCCUUGAAUUCUUUUCAAGCCCCGGGCUACGUACUGCUUCUGGUACUUUGGAGACUUUUAUCCACGUGGGACUGGACACGGUGUUUUCAUCUUGAGAGAGUCACCCGCCAACUUCUUUCGAAGAUUUCGAGUUUUAAGGGCUAGGCAGCCUUCUAAUAACUUUGCUGGUUGUCUCGGUGCACGGAGCCCCGACGACGAUGACUCUUGAGGAUAGACAAGGACGACUGAAUUCACCACCCAAAUGGGUAAAUCCUUGCGGCCUGGCAGCCGAUGAUUUGGACGCUGAUGUUGAUAUGGUGCAACUUCGGGACGAGCAGCUGAUCACCCAGGUGGUCGUUCAGGCCAAGAUGGCGCUUAUGCAGGCGCAGCUCUUUCGCGACGAUUACAUCAAGCAGACAUUCAACACUGACUUUGCCGAUCUCCACUCGGCAUGGAAGAACAACCACUAUGACUGGUUGCCAGGAGAGACGGAUAUUCCCAAGCAGCUCGGACAACAGCUGGAUAAAAACUUUCUUGAUAAACUGCAGCUUGACACGGCCCUGCUAAAUGCGUACGAGUACAUGCAGAAAUACGCUGUGGGCCUCGAGCAGAUAGUCUGGGACCAGGAGGAUCAUCAUCUGGAGUUCCUGAAGCAGUUCACCGAUACGGAGUUCAAACUUCGCACGGUGCUGUGCGAACUCCAGGUCGCCCUGGCCGAACGUGGUGUGACGCCACGCGCCGACGUGACGCGGGACGCGAUGUCGAGCGAGUACCGGUUCAUGUCGAAAUCGGCGACCUAUCGGAACCUACGGGACUGGUUGAUCUUUCGGGAUUACAUGAACGGACUGGAGUACGUCGUUCAGGUGUUCGAGCACCUUCGUCGGGGCUUGGAGUCCUGAGGACGGCAAGGCGGAGGCCGACGUAGGGCUACCAGGCGACGACUCGCCCAUUUGAGGAAAGUGGAGCCUCAGCUGGAGGCUCUUCUCGCAUAGAGAGGCCAGGAAGCAGGGAAAAUAAGUUAAUGGAACGAGGGACAGGAAGUUGAUCUGGAGAAGGUGCGAUGACGUCAUCGUCGUCAGGACCCACCACGGGAUCCUGGAUUGGAUAGUGUUUGCCAUUGCGUGAAUCCCGUGACACCUCGUCUUGGAGCUUGGUGUCCUGGGAUACGCGAAUGGGGUCAUCGGGUACCCGGAAGUACUUCCUGCGAAUGUGAAAUGAAAUGAACUCUAGAAGUUCCUGCUUCUGCGGGAGAUUUGGAUGCCUGAUGCAGGAUACGUCGAAGAGUCAUAGAAAAAAUUUAAGCCCGUCGGUUUUCGUCGUCCUUUACAUAAUCACACACACACCACACACAAAAUCCCGUUUUAUCGUCAUGGUCAGAAGUCGCGUCGUAUCCUCUUCUCGUACGCGGCCAAAGCGACCCACGAGAUUACCUGGCUUACCGUAUUAUUAAUAAGUGGAUACACGUUUUAGAGACGCGUAACGUCCUGGGGCAAUAUACUGCACUCGCCAUUUAUCUGGAUGAGCGUCUGCAGACUUCUGCGCAUCCUUGUACGUCGCAGCACACCCAACGUCUCUUCUCGAAUUCUCGUAGCUAUAUGUUCUUUCUUUUCACUGAAAAAAAAUUUUUAUUACUCACAAAAUUCCUUUUGAUCUAUACUCUGUGAGUCAUAGAGAGAGGGAGAAAAAGAAAGAGAGAAAGAGGCGAGUCCUUUGUCUCGGAACCGUAGUGGGUGGAUUAUUUGUACAUACACGGUGUCCAGGAUAAUUAGAAAAGAGCGAGGGACGAAUUGGAAUUCUCUUGUACGCCAUCGAAUCAGAAAAUUUUUGAAAUAUUUAUUUUAAAUUGAUUUUAUUUUUUCGGUGUUUUUAUCUGCAUGUCUUUUAAAGGAUACAUACGAUUCUUUUUUUUUUUAAUCGGACGAAAGAUACGUAAAAUACGAUAAAUUUGUGUUUGUCGAUGUGUCGGAAUUUUUGAAAAAAUUAUCUUUUACGUUAGCUAAUACAUUUUAUUGAAAAUAGUUACAGAUUUUUAUCGAUUCAUCGGUUAGAAAUAAUGUUUGGGUGACUAUUCGCGAAUUUCGAAGGAGACACGCGAGACGAUUGAUUAUUCAUUUUUGAACGCGCGAGUGUAAAAAGUCGAAAUAAUUUUUUUUCUCGCAGUUUUGUAUAUCCGUAUUUUGUCGAAUCGUCUAUUCAUUUUUUCUACUGAUAAAAAUAUAUAAAUCGCAGUUAUCGUCGAGGAGGUAUAUAUUUCAAAAAUUUCAGUUUUCAAAUCCAACUUCCAUUCGUCCCUAAGAUUUUAUAUUUUUGUGGAUCGAUGCAAUUUUUCGUAAAAUUUCUUUGAUCUUUACUACAAUUUCUUUUUUUUUUAUAUGCGCGCUGAAAACAACGGAGAAUGAGAGUCGGGGAGAACGCAUGAGUGUAUAAGCGAACGAGUAAACUUUUCAGAGUGAAUGCGAAUCAACGUUGAAUGACUAGUGACAGCACACGGUGAAGCUUGUGCACCAAAAAUGGUAUUUUGUGGGGUAUUCCAGUGCCCCAGUUAAAAGAAAAAUUGAAUAACGGAGAAAACACAGUAUUCACGCUUGCCCGGACCCCCUGCCCAUACUUUGUAGCCCAGCCACCCAAAAUCCUCGAGAGCAAGCGGGAAACAAAAUACGAGAAGUAAUCCUAAAUAAUAUUUAUUAACUAACUGUAAUAUUAUAUUUGUAUUUAUUCAGAUUAUUUAUUUUAUUUUUGUAAAGAUUUUACACUGCGAACUAUAUUUAAAGUUGAACUUGUCCAACGAGCAAGAUGCGAAAAUGAAGUAUUGAUAUGCGCACGAGGCAAGAAAUGCGACUAAAUCGAGGAUCGUUAUUUAAGACGCGAAGAAGAAAAAAUUCAAGACGCGAAUGGGCGCUACUUCUAAAAUUUUCUUUAACUGGCAUUAGUAUUUUUUAUUUUAUUUUAUUUUUUUUUUUCAAUUAACGCGUGUGCUCGUUUCGUCAGAAGCUGCGCUGCUGCAUCGCGUUGCGCGUCAUGCCGUCGUAGCUUUUGACGUAACUUCGUUCAGGGUAUGAAGUCUCAUAUAUAAUAUUAGGCAACUUAAUUAAUUUCCUGUGUAGUUGAUUCUCCCUCCCGCAUAGAGCACGAACUAGAAGUCGUCAACGGCGUAAAUACCUCCCGAAGAAGGUUCCUCUUUAUUUAAAAAAAAAAAAAAAAUAUUAUUCUCACAUAUCGUUUUUAACUAUUUACACGUAACGACUGUCAUCGUCUUUUGACGCGACUACUCUUUUUUUUUUUCUUUUAUCGAGAUCGACUGGCAUCGUUUUUCGACCUGUUAAAAUUCCAUCCUGAAACGAGUGUGAGAGCGCUGUUACGUAACUCGUGCGAGAGUCACCCUUACGCAACGUGACAUUGUCGAUUUGAAUUUUUCGAUAUUUCCUAAUUGGGAUUUAACGCCUAUAAAAAAAUUUUAUUUCUCUUUACGAAAAAUAAAGAAAAAAAAUCCUCGAAAAAAUAAUUCCAUAUUUACCUAAUUUUAAUUAAAACGAUUCUCGCACGAUAACGUAGACUUUGCUUUUCUCUUCGGGACGUAAAAUAUGUGUAGCUACCCUUGCCCGUAGACGCUCCAAAAAACUCACGCACGAACUUCCGGUCGAGAGUCGACUUUUCGUCUUAUCGACCAAGAAGCGUAUAUCUUAAGGUCUACGAUUCGAAUUCCCUCCUAUGUGAGAAUUUCGAGCGUCUCACGUGUAUAAUAGUUAAUAAAUAUCUUAGUAGCGGCCAAUUAAGCUUAUACGUAGAUCGUAGCGAAGAAAAGAGUGCAAGAAAAAGAGCGACGAUUUGUCCAACGACUUUGUGCGCGAGCGCGAGUCAAACACGCGUACACGCGUUAAAGAAACACACGUACACACCUCCCCCUCGUAUCAUUGUGUCUGUGAUAUACGCCAUUUUACAUUUUUCUCAUUAAAUACAAAGUGAGAGAGAGAGAGAGAGAGAGAGAGAGAGAGAGAGAGAGAGAGAGAGAGAGAGAGAAUGAAUUAAUUGAAUUUAAUCAAAGAACGUGUCCCGCGAUUAUCGACCUAAACUCUCGGCACUCGUUACACCAUAAAAUUCUACUAUCCUUUCACUUAACUAGUGUCUCUCUUGAUUAGAUCGCCGCCAUUUUCUCUCUUGAAUUCGUCUUAAUUAAUAAAACGAUCGUCAAUCUCCGAUUAGUCAAUUACGCGAUGCAGCAGCCUUAUAGCGCCUGAGCGUCGGACCACGACGAUGUUCCUAUGUACGGUCGCCGAUCGAGUCCUGCGCAUGCGCACCACAUACUUAUACGUAUCGAAACAUUUUAUUUAAUACGUCCCACAUAAUCGAUGAUCGAUUCUCAUUUAUUUCAUAAGGCAUUACUACCGCUACUGUCCGUAUUCACUAAAUUACUGCUCGACGCUCUCUCUCGGCAGUAAUCGUCAUAAUAAUCUUUAUUAGUUUCAUCCCUUAAGAGUGCGUGUAUUUUGAUAGAGAAUAUAAAGGAAGGCGCCUGACCACGUGUUCAUACGUUCUCCCUCACUCCCAUUCUCAUUUCGUUCUUUACCAUCCCCCCCUGUUACCGUACGUGGUAAUUCGGGGGGUUGGUACCAGGACACAAAUUAAUUGUAAAAAUUACUUCGUUAUCGGUUAAUUGUAGUUUAAUGAAUCACCUGGUCGAGCGCGUUCCGCAACACGAUAGGCCCCACUUGGCCGUAUACGAUAUACUGAUUAUAUUGUACAUAAACAGAUCUGAUGAUAUAGAUGCUAAAUAUUAUAUAUGUGGAUAUGUAUGUAUACGGGCACCUCCUCUCAGAAUGCCCGCUCUGUUGUAUAAUAUUAAACCAAAGACCGUUCAACAUCGAA